GGUCCUGGAGGGAGAGCGGCGGAGGCGCCCCAGGCUCGCCCAGCCUCCAGUGUCCUCGGACGGGCCGGAGCGAAGGGCCCUGCAGCCAGCGCCUGCCCCCUGCCCGGAGCUGCCUCCGUGAGCCUCGGGGAGCGCGGAGAUGCCCGCUGGGAAUCCGCGGUGUCAACCCCCCACCCCCGCAUUGGGUCUUUCCCAGCAGCAGAAGAAUCGCCCGCGGACGCGAGUGAAAACCAAGACUUGCCUCGAGUGGGACGAGCCGAGACCCGCAGAGCGAGGUGGUGGCAGGAGGCAGCCCCGCGGGAAAGGCCCGGCGCCGAGGCGGAGGGGGUCUGCGAGGCCUGUAGCUGGUGACCCGCCACCAAGCAAGAAGCAGCGCGAAAGCUGAAUUGUUUCCUGUGACUUGAAGAAAGCAUAAGACACUUUUUAUGAAAAAAAUGGAAAAUGAGUGGUGGAUUGGCACCAAGUAAAAGCACAGUGUACGUGUCCAACUUGCCCUUUGCUCUGACCAACAAUGACUUAUACAGGAUUUUUUCCAAAUAUGGCAAAGUUGUCAAAGUUACUAUUAUGAAGGACAAAGACACCAGGAAGAGUAAAGGAGUUGCCUUCAUUUUGUUUUUGGAUAAAGAGUCUGCCCAAAACUGUUCUCGGGCACUUAAUAACAAACAAUUAUUUGGAAGAGUGAUAAAAGCAAGUAUUGCCAUCGACAAUGGAAGAGCAGCAGAAUUCAUCCGCAGGCGAAACUACUUUGAUAAAUCUAAAUGUUAUGAAUGUGGAGAGGCAGGACACUUAAGUUAUGCUUGUCCAAAAAAUAUGCUAGGAGAGCGUGAACCGCCAAAAAAGAAAGAAAAGAAGAAAAGAAAGAAAGUUGUUGAACCAGAAGAAAUUGAAGAAGAGGAGGAAAGUGAAGAUGAAGGAGAAGACCCUUCUCUUGAUAGCCUUAGCCAGGCCAUCGCUUUCCAGCAAGCCAAAAUUGAAGAAGAACAGCAGAGAUGGAAACAGCCUACAGGGGAACCUUCAACAUCGGAUGAUUCAAAACGUCCACGGAUAAAAAAGAGUGCAUAUUUCAGUGAUGAGGAGGAACUUAGUGAUUGAUAUAUGGAUCUAUUAAUUGGUGUGUGUAUAUAUAUCUAUAUAGUGUACAUUUGUAAAGCUGUCUGUAGUACAGAUUUCUUUUGGAACUAGAGAGAGCUGUUGUUUGAACUUCCUCUUACAGAUUUUUCUAUAAAAAUCACUGCAUUUCAGGAUUCUGGUUGUUUCUAAUACAAUUUAUGACCUCGCUUUUUAAAAGAAAACUGUUAUUAUAUCUGAAUUUUUAAUCAAGAGAAAUAUGUACCCAAGGUGAAGUCUAGCUCAUUCUACUCAGUGUUUAUCGCGACCAUGAAAUUCACCCACCUAGAGGCACCAUAUAUACGUUUUAUAAUACCAUUGCUUGUUCCGAAAUGAAUGUAAGUGAACUGUAGGCCUUGUUCUAGUCCAGGGGUCAGCAACCCCCGGCACAUGUGCCAAGCAUGACACGUGAGGCCAUUUUGCUCAGCACGCCACCACCAGCCUGGGUUCUAGGCAGCUGCUGCCAGCUGCGAAGCCCAAGCUGCUCCCAGCAGGCAGCUGGGCACCUGC